AUGACUGCACCGACCAGGUGCCUGCAGGGUAUGAAAUACGCGUGUUCGCUAUUGUGCUUGCGUCUAACGUGGAUUUUGAGCUACGGCGGUAACUUAACACGGGGACACGACCUGCACGUGGUCUUGCUCUGUGCUGACUUGACUGCUGCGCGCGAGGAAGGUGAGCUCCGCCUGAGCGCCUUGGGGGAAUAUGGCGGCAUGGGCUUGGACUUCUCAUAUAACGUUGCAGUGGCAGAAGAGCUGGGAAAUAUCCGCUGUGGAGGUAUUCCUAUGGCUAUUGGAGUGCAAGCUGGCAUGGCUACUCCUGCUCUUACAAGGUUUGGUUCUGAUGAGUUGAAAAAACAGUUCCUCGUACCAACUAUAGCUGGAGAUUUCGUGGUUUGCUUGGGAGUCAGUGAAGCUGGAGCUGGGUCAGAUGUCGCAAAUAUCAAGACGACAGCUGUGAGAAAAGGCGAUGAAUAUGUCAUAAAUGGUGGUAAGAUGUGGACUACGUCUGGAUGCCAAGCGGACUGGAUGUGCCUGCUGGCAAACACCAGUGAAGGACCUCCCCAUCGAAAUAAAUCUCUCAUAUGUCUGCCAAUGAAUCUACCUGGCAUUCAUGUUGCUAAAAAGAUAGACAAACUGGGCAUGAGGUCAUCGGACACAGCUCAGAUCUUUUUUGAAGACGUAAGGGUCCCCAGAAAAAACCUCAUCGGUGAGGAAGGAAAGGGUUUUACAUAUCAGAUGUUGCAAUUUCAAGAAGAGCGGCUGUGGGCAGUAGCUACUGUCCUGACACCGCUGGAAACUGUUAUACAAGAAACUAUUGACUACACUCGCCAGCGGAAGGUGUUUGACCAGUCCGUCCUGCACAACCAAGCCGUGCACUUCCGCCUGGCCGAGCUGGCAACCGAACUGGAGCUCCUUCGCUCGCUGCUGUACCGCACCACUGCUCUCUAUGUGGAAGGCAAUGAUGUGACAAAGUUUGCUUCCAUGGCUAAGCUAAAGGCAGGUCGUCUGUCACGUGAAGUGACUGAUAGCUGUCUCCAGUUUUGGGGAGGAAUGGGAUUCACCAGUGAGGUUCUGGUGAGCAGGCUUUACAGAGACUUGAGAUUAAUGUCAAUAGGAGGUGGUACAGAUGAAACCAUGCUUUCCAUCAUAUGCAAAUACAUGGAAACACUUCCAAGCAAGUGA